AUGUAUUAUGAAUAUAACACCACAGUGCAAUUUAUUAAUACAACGGAUGUACAGUAUACAAUGUAUGGAGUAAAGGGGGCAGCAACUUACACAGUUUACUUUAACGACACUUCCCCAAGUGAUCAUUGCAAUGCCUCUGGUAUGGCAAGCUGUGACAUUCACCACCUUUGUCCCCAGUAUGGAGUUCACCUUGUUCAAGUGACAGCAAGUAAUGGAUCAUUUAUAGAGAUUGAUUAUAUGAAUAUGACAUGCGACAAUCCGAUAGUAAAUAUAACAAUGGAUAUACCGUACACGGUAGCUAUACCUAAUGGAACGAUAGAUGCAAAGUUGAGGAUAAAAGAGAAUGACCUUUACUUGCCAAGGUUAUAUUGUAAGUGGAAUAUGGGCGAUCCUAUUCAUCGUGAAACGUAUGAGCUUGACUAUAAGACAGUCACGUACGAAAAUCCAUAUGUAUUUAAUUUUCAAUACAUUGCGUUAGGAUUGCAUACCAUCACGAUCCAUUGCUGGAAUCUUAUAAAUGAAACUCAUUUGACGACAAAAAUAACAGUCACCAAUAAAGAUUUUCUUUUUACUGGUGUGUUUGACCGAUUUUACUCUCAAAUGGACUCUCCUAUGUAUAUAUCCUCAAUGCUUGAUACAGAAAUAUUCAGUCGAUUAGAAAUUGUUGCAAGUUCUACUGAGAAAACUCAUACAAAUCUUUGGACAAUGGACAACGUGACAUUGGGACAAACGCCUCCAACCCGCCAUGGUUUACUUUUUACGCGCGGACUUGUACCGGAACUCAAAUAUAAUGUGAAGGUUCAUGUCUGUUUCAAAGAAGAGCCAAACAAUUGCAUCUUUGAACCAACAUUUACACAAUUUGUGAUGCCACCACCGCACGCAGAGAUUGUUGGGAGUAAACGGAGAAACGUCAAGAGGGAUGUUGUAACAAUAGAUGCAGCAACAUUGUCUUACGAUCCAGUUUUUCCAACAUGGAAAAACCUCACAUUCAUUUGGUCUUGUGAAAGUUUUGACGCGGCUGAUUUUGAUGAAGCAGCUGACCUUUACACUUCUGGUUCAGGGGGAAGUUCUUGUACAUACACUGACAGUGCCGGUGUUAUGAAUUUAAAUACUAAUAAAAACCCCACGAAGUCGCAUUACGUUGUUACUGUCAAGGUUGACAAUAAUAGGGGAUUGACCUCUACUUUUACGCAGGUUUUAGCUAUAGAAAACAAGGAACCGCUCGUCAUAGAAUGCAAAAUAAAUUGCCUGUCAAAAGUCGCGGUCAGCUCAAAACUUCAGCUAUUACCAGUGCUGUCAAAUAACUGCCCAGCUACUCUUUCAUGGACCUUAAAGAAGUAUUCUGGACUAACUUAUGUCGACGUUGAUAUGACAAACAUGGUCUCAAAUGCUGGAAACAACGCGCGAUCCCUGACAAUAAAGAAGAAUAAGUUAGAUUACGGUACAUGGUAUCUUGUGUCGUUAACCGUUGUUCUAGAUGGCGUAACAUAUGGGCCAGCUUACUAUGAAUUUGUGACAAACAGACCACCAGAGGGCGGAACAUGUACGAUAAUUCCCGUGAACGCAACAACUCUUAUACCUUUAUUGAAUUUAGAGUUACAAAAUACGACAGCUUCGUCAGGGGAAUACAAUGUUGUGAUAGCAGGAAUCGACCUUUUCAACCUUACUUGUUUAAGUUGGCAAGAUGAGGGGUUUACAAAUGACACAUUUUCAGAAACAGAGCCACUUUUCUAUCUUUUCUUUCUCUCCUACGGUGAACACGAUAACAAUGACGAUAUCGAAGCUGACUAUAGAAGACAACUCCUUUACUUUGACCCCGGACAAACGUCAAACUUGGUUUCGUUCCAAGUAGGCAAUGCCAAUGACGCAUUUAAAGCAACAGUUGUACUGCGCAUCACUGACGUACUCGGCGAUUACACUGAUGUAAAAUUCAAUGUUAAGUCGGAGCCGUCUCUCACAACUGCUCAGCUUGCCGAUCUAAGUAAUGCAGCUAUGUACGUAAUAACAUCCGAGUACUUCGAUCAAUUUGAUGAGGAUCUGAUCAAGGCCAACAGAACCUAUGAUUAUCGAACUAUUUCUAGAAAAGUCAUGGAUAUCUCGUCUGUUUAUAAUGAGCUGAGUCUGAACACAUCUUCCGGCAUUAUUUUAUCACCAGAUGACUUACUAUCUCUUGGUUAUGUUAGAACUGAUGACGAAACAUUACUUGGUUGGCAAGAUUACUGGAAAAUCAUAGUGGAAGUUGUCGAUACACAAACCACAGAUUACCUCAUUCAAGUUGGCGAAAAACACGCAUACAUGUUGCAUGCAAGUGUGAUGGCCUGGCCGCCUGAUAAAAGAAUGACGCUUGUGGCAAUUGAAACUAUCAGCAGAGCUUUAAAUGAAUCUACGGCAAUUGCUGAAUAUUCAAACGUUACAGCUGCGAUACUGAGUGCGAAUUGCGCAGAAGUAUUAGCCAGAAAUCUAGCCCAUAUAUCUAAUGACCGUACAUUUCCAAAUACGGAACAGCUUUUUGCAGCUGCAAAGGGUGUGAUUGAUUUGAUACAAAAUUUGUUAGGGAUUUUACAGACAGUUCUAACACCAAACCUUCCACAGGACCCGACCGUUGAUGAAAUGAGAAAGUACCUCGAAUACAUCAGUAUAUUCAAAACAACAGAAGAGGUUUUAAACGCCCCAUUAAGUCUUCAAGAACAAACUUUUCUUGCACAAAAGCAGUUACAAAAGUAUCAUCUGCAGAAGUAUAUAAAGUCAGAAGCGUCAAAGAAGGCUCUCCCUCAUUUGACACUGGCUUUACAAAAUCUUACAUAUGUUCUGAUGCGACUAUCGGCGUUGGGCGAACAGGAAAUGUUCCUGGAGAAUAAUUUUCUAUACAUUUCCGUAGAGAUAAAACCUGCGUACGCUCUUGUUGGAAAAACUAUUUCUAGACCUCGUGUUGAACUGGAACUGAAUGAGUUGAUAGAAGACACUCCUGAAGCUUGCAACUCAAGCGAGGUUCAAUUUAGGACAAUAGUAUUUAAGAAGAAUCCCUAUUUCUGGGGUCAAUUUGCUGACCGGAUAACCUCAUACGUCCCCGUGUUUGAAAUUGAUGGAGCUACUUUUGGAAGUGAUACGAUUACAUACAGACUUCAGAAUGAAAUAGAAGCCAGUUGCAAUGACCAGGAUCCCACAUACGAAGAAGAUGACCCAGACAAGAUGAUUUAUAUAUUGUUUGACAGACAGCAUGCAGAAGACGAUAUUCUGAUAUUCGUCAGACCUAAUACCAGUGAACUGGUGUACGAACUGUAUUUCAACAAGAACGAGAAGCCAAAAGUUGCCGAAGAUGUAUAUACUUAUUCUACUAAGAUGCAAAAGAACGAAGAUGAUCAGACAUGGAAUAUCGAAGAUGGUUAUAAAUUGCUAAUUAAAUCAAGUGAAUAUUCGGAAACUGGGAAAAUAUGGAUAGCCCUAAGACCUUUGCUUGAAAAUUCUGGCGAUUUAUCUCUUCUAACAAGAAAAUUUUGUGCGAAUGUAACGAGUGUUAAAUGCUUGGCCUGGAGAGAAGAAUAUUCUACAAAUGAAUUCUUUUGGGACAAAGACUUAUGCGAGGUUUCGCUUUCAAGCACGCGUUCGGAAACUUACUGUACUUGCAAAAAUACUGGGGAUACUAUGACAGUUGGCACAACAUUUUACGUACCAUUUAACAAAGUUGACUUUAAAACGCUUGACUCUAUAAGUGAUGUGAUGGGACGGUCACCGGUCAUUGGUAUGAUGAUUGCGACAGUGGUUGUUUAUAUCAUGUUUGUGUUUUGGGCAUGGAGGGAAGACAUGAAGGAUCAGUAUAAGUGGUCGUAUUCCUUAAUGAUAGAUAACGAUAUUGCUGAUAGUUAUUUCUACAUUGUCCGAGUGUUUACUGGUCUACGGACAGGGGCAGGGACACAGUCAAAGAUUGGAUUUGUCCUUGUUGGUGAAGAUGGUGAUACAAAUAUAAGGAUUCUUGACGAUGAUAGUCAUAUUGGCUUUGAGCGAGGAAGUAUACGUACUUUUGUGAUGAGUUCACGUAGACAUCUCGGUGAACUAAUAUGUUUACGAAUAUGGCACGACGAUUCCGGAGGAAAUAACUCAUCGUGGUAUCUAAAUAAAAUAAACGUCACAGAUCUAGUUGAUGGAAAAAGGUACACCUUUAUUUGUAACUCCUGGUUCGAUUUUGACAGCGGUGAUAAUCGAGUUGACCGGGUGCUUAAUGCCCAACAUUACGAGGAUGUUCGCUCCUACCAGGACUUGAUAGCUUAUACAAUAGCAGAACAUCAUCUCUGGCUGUCCGUAUCUGUACGUCCGAUUCAGAGUAAUUUCACACGUGUCCAACGACUCUCAUGUCUACUUGGUCUAAUCUAUUUGACAAUGAUCAUUUGCACAAUGAUUGUCGAGAUACCGGAUGACACCACAACGAUUUAUCAAGCCGUAAUUGGUCCCUUCCGGUUCUCGAUGGAGAAUUUUGAGGCAGCACUUAUAGCAGUGACUGUAGCGUCAGUUAUCAUCAUUAUUGUUUCAGUCUUUUUUAGGAAUGCUGAAAAUGAGGAGAAGGGUCCUCAUGUGGAUUCGUUUAUGAACAAAACAUAUCGAAAAGUAAAUGAUAAGAUAAAAUUGGACAAGUCUGUUCUUUCUAGAAGAUACUGGCCUCCAGCAGAAGAAGCUGUAGAUCACAAUUAUUUUUUCUUGCCUCAUUUUUGCAUAUAUGUCGGUUGGACUGUCCUCCUUAUGGCUUUGAUAGUAGCAACAUUUCUUCUGGUAUCAUUUAGCUCAGACUGGGCACUUGUUAAAUCAGAGGAAUGGAUGACAGCCGUGUUUGUGUCCUUUCUGGCGUCGGUCAUCAUAAUUGAAGGUGCAAAGAUUGUCAUAAUAAUACUAGUGUACGCCCUGAUGUGUCAGAGAGCCUACGAACCUAUUGAACCCUAUAUAGACAUCGACAGACUUGAGGAAAUAGCUAGAUAUAAUUCUGCAACACUAGUUAUUGGACCACAAUACAGCAACGUAUUGUAUAAACCCGAAAACCCAAGUAAAGAGACCCUGACUGAGAAUAAAGUCAAACGAAUUCGGAACCACCAACUGUUGAAGAUUGUUUCCCAACUUGUCUUGUAUAGCGCUCUAUUGUAUAUGGUAUACACAAUAAGCUACGAGAGUAGAGACCCGCGGUCAUUCUACUUGAAAAAUCACGUCGAGCAGAUGUUUCAUUUCACGUCGGAGGUAACGGAUUUGGAAUCUUACACAAAAUGGCUGAAGGGGACAUUCAUUGAUGCAUAUUUUUCGAAAUCUUUCUUCGGUGCCGAUUAUGUAGGACACGAAAAUAGAAUUUUUAUGGAGGAUCUAACCAAUCUACGUGUUGGACCGGCACGGUUGAGACAGUUGCGGAUUAUACAAGAGGACUGUAUUGGCCCGUUGGGAGUAAAUUUGACAUGUCACAAUAAAUAUGAGGACGACAAGAAAGAAUCGCAAGAUUUUUGUCUAGGAUGGAAAAAACAGCCAUGUCCUGUAGCAGAGAAGUCUACUUAUUUCUCUUCCACAGCAUGGGAAUUUACAUCUGCUAAAGAAGUAUGGGGGUUUCCAACUGUAGCCCAAUAUUGUACGUAUGGAGGCGGUGGCUAUUUUAUGAAACUGGAUGUAAACAGAGAUGUUUGCGUAAUCAUAUUUGACGAGUUAGUACAGUUUCAAUGGUUUGAUAUACAAACAAGAGCAGUCAUUCUUGAGUUUACUUUAUAUAAUGCAAAUACAAAUUUGUUUGUUUAUUCAAAAUUUGUGGGCGAGUUUCCGGAAGUCGGAGGUUUCUUGCCUUAUAUUGACAUUCAAGUAUUCAGACUUUUCUUGAAUUCAGGAUCCGAAGGGGACUUUCUCUUAUUUUUACAAUUUUUCUUUUUUCUAUUUGUCAUAGCUGCGACAUUUGCUAUGGCUUACCAAGUGUUUACAGACGUGAAAGCAUUUUUCAGAUCCGUUUGGAAUUGUUUGGAUGUUCUUGCGUUAUUAAUGAGUUACACUACCAUUUCGAUUUUCCUUUACAAAAUAACAAUAAUACAGAAAACAAUUGAACAGUUCGAGUCAGACAAAAACGCCUAUGUUGGAUUUGAAAACCUCGCUUUUUAUGACUUCAUCACAAACACUUCAUAUGGUGUUUUAGUAUUCCUACUUUCCGUUAGAGUGUCUCGUAUUCUUGGUUAUAGUGGAAAGAUUAACGAGAUGGCGGCUGUGAUAUCGAAUGCUGCGAAUGAUUUAUACGGAUUUCUUCUAAUCUUUGGAAUUUCUUAUUUUGCUUACGUUAUUUGCGGUACACUUUUGUUUGGGAAAGAGCAGGAAAAAUAUAAAGACGUGUUUCAAACAUACGGCACUUUAACUGAGGCUAUAAUUGGGAAGAAUAGAGUAUCAAAUAUUCUAACAGCAAAACCAGGAUUCGCUGAAUUUUACUAUUUCACGUUUGUAUUGUUCGUUUUAAUGACCCUUGCAACAAUGGCAGCCGCCAUUCUGAACUUCAGCAUUUCUACGGUUCGGAAAGAACACCAGAAGCUAGCUCCAACAAAUAUAAUUGAGGUUAUAUUUGACAGACUUGGAAUGUUAGUGAGGAAACUAAAGCCGGCUAAAAAGAAUGAAAGUAAGGAAACAUAUGUUUUGUAUGAACUAUUCAAUAUAAGUAUUAUUUAUUUGUGCCGUUUUUGGAUUGGACAGAGUCUGCAAUUUUGUAAUUUUGUAUUGCUGUAA